UGGGAUUUCAGCACCAUGGAAAGUAACAAGCGCCUCAUGCAGAUCAUCAAAGACAUGCGUUCUGACAUGAAGAAACUGGAGUCAGAAAACAAAGCCCUACGGGUGAAGUUAGGUCAGUCUGGGAGAAGAGCAGAAGUAUUGGAAAAGACAACCAUUACCGCUCUCCAACAGCAGCUAAAAACCGAGGAUGCAUUAACGCACGUUAACUUGCGCAGGAAUAUCUCCGCCCCUGCACUGGAAGGAGAAACGAGAGAUAAUGCAAUGACGGUGAGACGUUACUCCAUAUCAUCUUUACAUGCCUUCAGUGUGGGUAAUAAACAUCAGAAAUCUCCUGGUCAAAAUCCAACCUAUCACACAAGUGAACAAGAGGAUCCAGGAGCAGUGGCACCGACUCAGCCUUGCGCAAUAAUGAAAUUCACUAAAAGCCAAAGAACGCUCGCUCAAUUACCAGACACUAAGACUUCAGAAGAAAACUGUUCACAAAAAGCAACCUUACAAGAAUACGUCCAUAAAUGCAAAUUUAAAAUGAAGUCUGUAACAUUUCUUUUGCCUAUGGAUGUUGCAUCUCAUUCUGAAAGUCAAGGUUCUUCCCAUCAACCAGAGAAUCAGAAAUGCAAUCAACUAUCUCCUAUUCUGGAAAAUGAUUCCUAA